CCUGUUGGAUGUCUGGUUUGGUCGUGACAUUCUCCUGAUGGGGAGAGAAAACUGAUAAAUGAGUCGAGGACAACACGGGACUGAUGAAAGAAUCGAGAGCGAGUGAAUGGAGCUCUGUGGAGGAAGAGAGACAGGAGGAGUGAAUGAGAAAGUGAAAGGAGACGGGAGAGAGAGCAAAGGAGGAGGAGGAGGAGGAAGAGAAGGAAGAGGAGGAGGAGAGUGGGAGCUGCAGAGUCCUGAUCCUGAGUCCGGCUCCGUGUUUCGUGGCUCGCCGAGAUCCUGUGGAACAUGCAGAGAGCGUCUCGGUCCUCCUCUCUGCUGCAGUGGAGGACUAAACGUACAGCUUAAAGCCGUCCCUCUCUUCUCCUCUCUUCUCCACUCCUCCGCUUCAGGGGCACACGCACAUCCGGAGAGAGAGUGAGAGAGGGGGGAAUAGGAAAAAAAAUUGGAAAAAAGAGAAAAUAGAAAAAUUCAGGAGACAUUUUAUAUUUAAUUUUUUUUCUAAUCUGACUGGAUCUGGCCCAUUUGUGCACCUGUGCUUUUUUCCUCUCUCUCUCUCUCUCUCUCUCUCUCUCUCUCUCUUAUUCUUAUUCUCUCUAUCUGUCAUGACUAUCCUCUGCUUCCCUGGCAUGGUGUGAAGAAGCAUGCUUCAAUGACUCCUACCACACACAGAGGGAUUCUCAGACCACCAGUUUACCCCUUGGUCAUCUUCCCGACACUUCAAUGAGGACAGACGUGUCCCUCAAACCAGGAACAUGAAGGGCUUAUCCAGCAGCCGUGCCCAGCACCAGAUCCUUUCGCCUCACCCCUGCGGCCUGGUGGAGUGUGAGCACCCCCACGACCUGCACGGCAUGCACGUCUCGGACCCCCGCCACUCCUACCUGCUCAGCCCCACGGAGAGCUGCGCCAUGGACUACCAUCACCGCUACUCGCCCCGAAGCUCCAUUCACUCUGACUGCAUGAUGAUGUCCCCGGUGAUGCUGCCCCCGGUUGCUACUGCUGACCACGUCUCCAGCAGCACCUUUCCUAGAAUGCACUACAGCUCCCAGUACUACGACUCAGCCACGCGAGACGACUGUGCCACCAUCACCACCUCCGCCACUUCAGCCGCCGCCAUCGCCGCCGCAUCCUCCUCCUCUCACCACGCCGGCGGCAAGAGCAACCGCAUCCCUGCCAACCUCCUGGACCAGUUUGAGAAGCAGCUGCCUCUGCAUCGUGACGGCUUCCACACGCUGCAGUACCAACGCACUUCCACCACGGCCACCAGCGAACAGCGCAGCGAGAGCCCCGGGAGAAUACGUCACCUGGUGCACUCUGUCCAGAAGCUUUUCACCAAGUCUCACUCGCUCGAGGGCUCAUCCAAAAUGAACGGCACCAAGGGGGACAGCGGAGGGCACCAUCACCACCACGGCAGCCAUCACUCCUCUAAACACGGCAGCAAACGCAGCAAGAGCAAGGAACGGAAGCACCGAUCAGGCGGCUGGUGGAGCUCUGACGAUAACCUGGACAGUGACAGCACCUACCGCACACCCAGCAUCAUGGGCCGACACCACGCAGAACACGCCGGCCACUGCUUCCCCGAAUCAGUGCACUCUCACUUCGGUGACCACUCGCUCAAAACCUCCAAGAGCAACAACGACGUCAAGUGCUCGGCCUGUGAGAGCAUAGCAAUGGCUCCCGAGGGAAAAUUCAUGAAGAGAAGCUCCUGGUCCACGCUCACUGUCAGUCAGGCCAAAGAGGCAUACCGAAAGUCGUCCCUGAACCUGGAUAAGUCCUCAGUCCAUCAUGACCUCAAGCCUUCACUACGCGGCAGUCAUUAUCUGCAGGUUCCUCAGGAUGAAUGGGGAGGUUAUCCAGGAAUUGACAAAGACGAGGAGAUUCCGUGUCGCAGGAUGCGCAGCAGCAGCUAUGUGAAAGCCAUGGGAGAUGAUGAAAGCGGUGACUCUGACACCAGCCCCAAAACAUCGCCUCAAAAGUCCAUCCGACCAGACGCACUCGUCCUUAAAUCCGCCAUCCACAGACCUCAUAUAGACAGCCAAAGCCACGGCUACCACUUGCAAACGACAAGAGAUAUGCGCCCCCACCCCAGUGUAUCCCUGGACCCUGCAACCUCUUACAACCCUCCCCAGUUCCGCUCCCGCAACCAGAGCUACAUGCGUGCGGUCAGCACCCUCAGUCAGGCAAGCUGCCUGAGCCAGGUGAGUGAGACUGAGGUCAAUGGCCAGUUUGAGUCAGUUUGCGAGUCCGUUUUUAGCGAAGCAGAAUCCCAGGCCAUGGAGGCCUUGGACCUGCCUGGCUCUUUCCGCACUCGAAGCCACAGUUACCUGCGUGCAAUUCAGGCUGGGUAUUCCCAAGACGACGACUGCUUGCCUUCAAUGACAUCCUCCACUGUCACUUCAACUCUCAGAUCCACAACAGGGAUCCAGUUUCGUCUCCCUACUGCGUGUAGUGUUGAACGAACGCAGGAACCAACUCCAGAAACAACGGUGACUUAUACCCCUGGCUAUAAGAAGGUGCCUCCCCCCGUGCCACCUCGCAGUACCACCAAGCCCAUUAUCUCAGUAACGGCUCAGAGCAGCACAGAGUCCACGCAGGACGCUUACCACGAGGGCCGCCUGCCCCGCAGCGGGCUUUGGACCACGGACAGCCUCGGUCGCACCAUCUACACCUCCAUGGACAGCCUGGACAGCGCCAAGGCCGUCACACUGGCCAUGGAGACCAAGCGGCUCACGGGCAGCCACACGUCUGUGCAGACCUGCGACAAGGCCAUCCUGGUGUCCAAAGCAGAGGAAUACCUCAAGACCCCACGCUCCUCUAUUGGAAUUCAGGUGGAAGCAGCCACAGACUCAGAACCAGAGAGCAGACGUCUGCCCAAGUUUCAGUCAGUGGGAAUCCAGGUAGAGGACGAGAAACGGCAUGGGCGCUUCAAGCGCUCAAACAGCGUGACCACGGCAGUGCAGGCAGAUAUGGAGCUGGAGGGAUUUCCCUCGAUGGAGGAUAAAAGUCUGCAGUUUGGAGGCUUCCAGCGACACUCUGAACCCAGCACCCCUACCCAGUAUGGAGCCGUCCGAACUGUACGAACACAAGGCCUCUUCAGCUACCGCGAGGACUACCGGCCGUCCAGUGGGCCGCCCAGCCCGCAGCCUGAACCCUGGCUGGUGGAGCCCUCACUGGAAGAGGCUGAGACAGGCCGAGUGUCACCACUGCGGCGUGACGGCAGCUGGUACAUGCAGCUCCUUCACAACGAGACCAAACGCAUGGAGGGCUGGUGUAAGGAGAUGGAGCGUGAGGCUGAGGAACACGACCUGUCUGAGGAGAUUUUAGGAAAGAUCCGGAGUGCUGUGGGCAGUGCACAACUUCUCAUGUCCCAGAAAUUCCAGCAGUUUUAUUGGCUGUGUCAGCAAAAUCUGGACCCGAGUGCCAUGCCCAGGCCCACCUCUCAGGAUCUGGCCGGUUUCUGGGACCUCCUGCAGCUCUCCAUUGAUGACGUCACUGCCAAGUUCGAUGAGCUGCAGCAGAUUAAGAGUAACGAGUGGAGGCUUGUGGAGCGACCAGAGGAGAAGGAGAGAAAGUGGCCUCCUCCCAUGACAAAGAGGCCUCCUAAAGGUCGAGGGGCGAUGAUGCGGGAGCGCUCUCUGGACCUGCAGGACCGGCAGAGGCAGGAGGCCCGUCGCAGGCUGAUGGCCGCCAAGCGUGCAGCGUCGUUCCGCCAGAACUCAGCCACAGAGCGGGCAGACAGUAUAGAGAUCUACAUCCCCGAGGCCCAGACCCGACUAUGAAAGUCAC